AUGUCAGAGGAUCAGCUCACAGCUAGCGACGUCGCUUCCGUUUUCGUCACCCAAAUCAGCGCUUUCUCAAAACCUCGCGAUUAUACCCUGGUCCAGAUGGCUUGGUCGCUUGUUCCGGAACAGGCCCUAGACAGAGUGUUCCUGGCCCGGGGUUUUGUUGUCUGGCUUGGCCUCUAUCUUGCCAGGCCCCGUUGGGAUCGCGAUAAAAGCCGGUGCGAAUGUGCUAUCAGAACAUUGGACCAAGAGACGCCGACGUUCUGGGAAUCUACCGCGAAUCAAGUCAAGUCUGACGUUUCUCUUUCCCAACCACAACAACAGAACAUUGAUAACGUCUACCAAAAGCUAAUGAUGACACCGGGACCCUGUGGGUAUUCCAAUCUUUCAGUUGAGAGCCUCGUUAACUGA